AUGGAAUCGUCUAACCCAGAGACCUGCUGCGUCAACAGCGUCAGAGAUCCCGUCCAGGUGCUGACCCUGGCGGCUGCGCCAUCGUCCUCGUCGCAACAGGCGUCCAGUGACCUCCAACUCUUCCGCGACGGCCCUAGCCUCGACGAGUAUCUCAACAGCGCCAAGGGCCUGGAUUAUACCUGCCGGUUCAUCUCCAUCUGCCAGCGGAACUCCUGGCAGCCGCUGCAAGUGACGAGGUCCAUGCUCGCUCUCAUCAUCGACAAGCACGGCUUUACUCCCAAUCUCCGCAAUCUCACCUCUUGUUACUACACCAAGAACAAUGACUUGGAGGAGUCAUAUUGUACCCCAUGCACUGUCUCGACAGACGGGCCAUGGCUCGAAGUCUUGUACUCCAUCCGCUACCCCGAGUUCAAAGAGAGCGAGAAAAAAUGGGCGAUCCGCCAGACAGGCAUUUGCCAUCGCAUCAACACUGAGACGCGCCAGAACAUCCUCCUCCUUCUCACUCCCACCCCCAAGUCCAGCUCCCAUGACGCCCUCUACGAGCACUUGACAAACCCCAGCAACCAGUACACCAACAAUACCUGGUUCUCGCUGCACGAUGUUCUGUUGAAAACUCAUCUCUCUGCCUGGCGUUCCUUUAACAAGGCUUGCGAGGCUGAGUUCCUCCCUAUUUCCAACAACACCUUCGCCGCAUACAUCGAUGAACCUCUCCGAGUUGGAUAUGACCAGCUCAGCGCAUUGUCCAGCCUCGAGGCGCGCUUCCUCAAAGUCACCAGCCUCGUUGGCAGCACCGCCACGCUCCUCGACGACCUCCAGGAGCUGCUCCGCGCCGCGCCCGACGUCGUCAGCGACCACCGCCGCCAGAGCGCGCUUGCCGGCAGCCUGCAGAACCAUCGCCGACACUGUGCCGCCUACCUCCGGAGUGCCGCAUAUCUCAGGGACAGGGUGCAGGCGGCGGCCCAACUGCUGGCCAACACGCAGUCGUUUCGCGACCAGGUGAUUGCCAACGAGCAGAACGGCAACAUGAUGCAGCUCAACAGGAGCGCCGUCUUCAUCACCACCUUGACCCUCAUAUAUGCGCCGGCUUCCUUUGUCGGGACAUUUUUCGGAAUGAACUUUUUUGCCAUGGACCAGCCUAGCAGUAGGAUCAUCUGCACAGCCAUGAUUUGGAUAUACGUCCUCACCACCCUGGCCUUGACUAUGGUGACAGUCAUCUUCUACUACUGGCUGCUGCGCCACGACGGCGUCCUGUUUGGCCGCCUCGCACCCAAAAUCCCAGUCAACGCGGACUGGAAGGGCUUCGUCCGGCGUUUUACGAAACUUGACAAUUCUGUUGAAAUGACGUCACAUCGACCUUGA